AAGAAGCAGGAACUUAGCAGAGGGACUGUCUCUGCCAUCAGCACCAGGCAGAGACCCAGGGAACUGGCCCCAGCUCUUGCCAUGUUUGUCACAGAGGGCUCCCUGGUAGCCGCCAUCUGGGCAGCGCUCCAUCCUAGGACUCUGCUGCUGGCUGCUGUCACUUUCCUGCUCCUGACCAACUACCUCAUAAUCAGGCGCCCCAAGAACUCCCCUCCAGGGCCCUGGCGCCUGCCCUUUGUGGGAAACUUGCUCCAGUUGGAUUUGGAACAGUCGCAUCUGGCAGUUCAGAAGUUUGUGAAGAAGUACGGAGACCUAAUUAGCCUGGAUUUUGGUAACAUCCCGUCAGUGGUCAUAACUGGACUGCCCUUAAUCAAAGAAGCUCUCACUCACAUGGAGCAAAACUUUCUGAAACGCCCCAUCACACCUCUCAGAAAGCGCGUCUUUAAUGACAAUGGAUUGAUCAUGUCCAAUGGCCAGACAUGGAAGGAGCAAAGAAGGUUUGCACUACUGACACUCAAGAACUUUGGAUUGGGAAAGAAGAGCUUAGAGCAGCGCAUACAAGAGGAGGCCAGCUAUCUUGUGGAAGCCAUAGGAAAGGAGGAAGGACAGCCUUUCAACCCUCACUUCAGUAUCAACAAUGCAGUUUCCAAUAUCAUUUGCUCCAUCACCUUCGGUGAGCGCUUUGAGUACCAUGACAGUCAGUUUCAGGAGAUGCUGAGGCUACUGGAUGAGGUCACGUGUUUGGAGGCAUCAAUGAUGUGCCUGCUCUACAAUGUCUUUCCAUCCAUAAUGAAAUGUCUUCCUGGAUCACAUCAAACAGUUUUCAGAAACUGGGAAAAACUGAAACUGUUUGUGUCCCGCAUGAUGCACAGUCACCAGAAAGAUUGGAAUCCUGCCGAACCGAGAGACUUCAUUGAUGCUUUCCUCACAGAAAUGUCUAAGCACCCAGACAAGACUACUACAAGUUUCAAUGAAGAAAACCUCAUCUGCAGCACUCUGGACCUCUUCUUUGCUGGAACAGAGACAACAUCCACGACCCUGCGCUGGGCUCUGCUCUACAUGGCCGUAGACUCAGGAGUGCAAGAAAAAGUACACACUGAGAUUGACAGAGUGAUUGGCCAUGGGAGGCAGCCAAGCACUGCUGACCGAGAGUCCAUGCCCUACACCAAUGCUGUCAUCCAUGAGGUGCAGAGGAUGGGCAACAUCAUCCCCUUGAAUGUGCCCAGGGAAGUGACAGCUGAUAGCACACUGGCUGGAUUUCAUCUGUGUAAGGAAAGAGAGCCUGCCUGGGAGAACAACUGGCCAGGUCUGAGCUGUUCAUUUUCUUCACUGCCCUUUUGCAAAACUUUACCUUCAAGCCCCCAGCCAAUGAGAAGCUGAGCCUGAAGUUCAGAAUGGGCCUCACCCUGUCCCCACUCAGUCGCCGUCUCUGUGCUGUCCCCAGACUGUGAUGCUGGAGAAGGAAAGUGUAACGAAAAGCAGGAGUGAAAUGCACCUCAAACUCACUGAUGCCUCCACACACCAGAGGCGACAGGCUAAAGGCAACUGAGAAAAGAGGGGACGAGUUGGAGUAAGGAAACUACAUCAAAUUCCUAGACUGCUGGACCCAAAAUUGAUGUUGGUUAUGUAACUUAUGAGUUCAUAAAGGUUUCUGAAGCAAUAAUGACUGUUUCCAUUUUUAAAUUAUAUAUAUAUAUAUAAAAUGAAAUGAUUUAUUAAAAUACUAUUUAAGUCAUAAUUCACAUCAUGCGGGUGUGCCUUCAAGUUUUUUCCUUCCUCCUGUUGUAGACAUGGAUGUACUUCUGGACUGUUGAAAUGGGUCAAUUGGAAUUAGUGACAAGAGAGAAUAUGAGUUAGAACCGGGCAUCUGGGAGAGCCACAGAAAUAGGACUUGAAGACUCUCCUGUCUGGAAGGACUAUAGCUAUCUUAUCUUGCUCUGCCUCUACGUGGUCCUCCUGAAAGUCAGGUGGAAAGGGAUGGCUCACUCGGCACACAAACAAGAUAAGCAAUAUAGAGGCAAUUUCUAUGACUUAAAUAUUAUAGAUGGAUCUUGACCUCUGACCCAGCACCAGGUAAUACUUAGUUACCAAGAAGCAAACCCUAGAAGCAAGUUUGAAUGGAAAAUAGUAAAUAUUUUCUAGCUUCAGAUACAUAAGGCCAUCUGAGAUUCUUGGGAUUGUUGGGAGUUCUCUGUCUGUUGGUCCUUGAUGCUGUUGAUCUGGGCGAAGAAAGCAUCACUUUCAUCUUAAAGGGAAUAAGAAUGAGUUCAUUCUAGAUCCAUUUUGAGUGAUCAUGGCCCAGGAACACAGGUUAUUACUAAUUCCAUGUUCCAACACAGAAGUAGUUUCAUUAACUUUUAUAGUUUUAUAAAACAAAAAUGUCAAAAGACGUCUAAAAUAUUUAAGUAGUACAUCAGAGAAGUGAUUACAGCAAGACGGGAAAGGUUUCUCUGACGACCAUAGAUGCUAACUGAUGACAUUCUUCACUUUUAAGUUGGUGGAAGCCAGUGGGUGUGGAAAGUCCAUAAAUAAUAAACAUUAUCUAUUCAUUCCAGAAUGUGAGCAAUACGCAGAGGUUAGCAAGGAAUGGCUGGAUGUUGCUGAACCUUAAAGCUGGUCCAAGAUAAAGUAAUUAGUCUUGGACCUGUAAAAUUCCAACAUCUCUCAAAAAUAAUGAACUUGGAAUCAAUCAGUCUCUGCAGAUACAGCUUAUUAUAGGAGGUUUCGUUCACAGUGCAAAUACUAUGAAGUUAAAUGAUAGGUCAGUGGGACUCCCACCAUCAUAUUGGUGGAGUCUGUCUUGAUAUGGUGUCCAGAUGAGGAAGUUAAAGUCUUUGUCACUACUGAAAAGGUCAAGAAAUAAGAAAUUUAGUUCUCCAUCAAUAAGAGGGAUUAGUGCAAAAGCCUUCUUUCCAUUGUUCAUGAGGGGAGGAUGGAUGAUGGAAAAUCUUCAAAGGUUGCUCUGGAGUGGAAGACAAUGUGUUAUUGAACUUGUGGGUCACCACCUGUGUUCCAAGUCAGGUCUUACCACCCUACCCAUAGAAACCAAUAAAAUGUAUUAAAUUAAAUGUGCAAAACAUAAAAGGGUAUUUAUUCAAUGUGACCAUAUUGGAAAGAGGGACAAAGAAAUCCAGAAGCCUCCCUGAGUCAUCCUCCAAGUCCAGUAGGGAGAUUAAAGUUUAGCUAGGGAGCCAAGUAUGUGCAAAUGCAAGCAGUCCAAGCCAAAGUGUGGUGAAACCCCUAUCUUCAUUUUUGCCAGGUCUAUUAUAGAAGGAGAGUUGGAAAAUGUUCCAAUAUAUCUUCCUUUAGUCUUAGAGACAGGAAGGAAAACACCUGUAGACUAUAUCAUCUUGACCCAAACCUUAGAAUGGAAAUGCAUGCUGUUUUUCUGCACUGAAAUCUAGUCUAAUCUAAGACUUGGGGAUGAUAAAAGGUGCCCACUAAUAAAAAAUAUCAGGGAAGAUACUUAUUAAGGUUUCAGAUUGUGUGCCUCCACUUGCAGAUAGGCUGACUGUGGGUUUAGACUUUCAAAAGUCGGUCCUCAGCCCCACACUAGUCAGAGAUGAUCUUGGGUUAGAACUGGAUAAAAGCAACUACUUCUAUCAUUUUGUUCCUCCUUGAUUGUGAGUGCCAACUAUUGCAUACUCUUGACCUUACAACGUUUAAAACCCAAUAAACACUGAUUUGACAAGCUGGAUAUCAAUA